AUCGAUUUCCCUGCCCUACCUUUAUGUGCCUCAGUCUGAAUCCAGCACUGAACAGGGAGCACCGAGAAAUCUUCUAAAAACACCCGAAGUUGCGAAAAAAACAAAUAACAUUGGCCUUGUUUGGAGCUGGCAUUCACCGACAUAAACAAGAUGGGCUGUAAGGUGCUGUGUCCCAGUGUUGCUCUCCUUGCUUAUCUUAUGAUCUGUGAACAUGUCCGAGCGGAAUGUACACAGCCUUCUUUUGCAUCAAGAAAUGUCAUUUUAUCAGCAAACCAUCUCUCGACUCAAAUUUUCCCAGUUGGAUCCACUGUAACAUUUGAGUGCAUGAUUGGACACAAACCAGUUGACUUAAAAGCAUCUAGAUCAGUUACCUGUGAGGGAAACCAGUGGACAAGUCUGGAACUCAGUUGCACAAGAAAAUCCUGUGGAAGUCUUGCAGAUUUCCUUAAUGGGAGAUAUGAUAUGAUUGGGAAUUUAUUUGGCGACACGGCUAAACCAGUUUGUGACAAAGGAUACAUGUUAGCAGGUAAGGAAACAACAAGAACAUGCCGAGAUCAGGGAUGGGAUGGCCGAGAUCCUCUCUGUGAAUGUAUGUUAGUUCUUCCAUUUGAAUGAAAUAUAAUAUUGAAGAGCACAAAACCAUUC